GUAGGGGUCCUGAUUUCUGAAAAACAACUCUUAUAUCAAGACGUUAUCUUUAGUUUAUACAGAGAAUUAAUCAUCUUGUAACUCUUCAGUGAUGGCAGCGCCUGUGGCUCAAAGGAGUGGGGCGCUGGCCCCAUAUGUUGGAGGUGGCGGGUUCAAACCCAGCCCCAGCCAAAAAAACCUCUUCAGUGACUAUUAUUUAGGUUAUUAUUAUCUCCUUGCUUAGAGGGUUAUUCAUUUACUUCCCAAAUUGCUGGUUACAAGACUGACUAGGUGCCUGGGAUUUCCUUUAAAGGAACUCAAACUUUUCCUUUAUUUCCGUGCUUGCGGAGGGGGUGAAGCCCAGCAGGCCCUUCAGAAGCGUCCCUACUCUCCCUCAAAACGUGUUAUAAAACAAAUGGUACAAGUCAAAAAUUGCUUUUGUUGAAAAGCAUGAAAGUGAAAUUGUACUGGUCUAGAAACCCGAAGUAAGUGUUUCAUUUGGAAAGCCAAGACCACCUGCUAGCGGGUGAGUCAUGGACACAGGCUCGCACCUGCCACCGCAGACGCCACACUGGCUAAAUGCCCCACGUGCACCACGGCCACCCCGGCCAUCGCCCGCAUCUCCCUGGCUGCCCCAGGAAGCCCGGCAACUCCUGCUGUGUCUUAAUUUCUGGAACAGAGGCUUUUUCAAAGUUCACAUGAUCGGGCCUUUUCAUUGCUUGGAACAAAUCGGAAGCUACGGACUUCAGGCUGCUGCCUUCUGCGGCCCGCGGGCCAGGGAGCGUGUGCGCUGCGGCCGGAGGUGCGGGGCCGCCCCGCAGUAGCUGGUAGCGCCGCCUGGGAAAGGCCCAGGCACGACGUUCCAGGGGCGGCCGGAGCCAACUUUGAAGUCUCCCGACGGUCCCGCGGCCUUUCAUAAGCCAGUGACUACGGACCAGGCCAAUUGACCAAAGGCCGGCCACGCGGUCGCCCGGGGACGCGCGUCCUCUUCAGGGACAAAAGGGUCGGGAAACUUGAGCUCGGGCCUGUCCCAGAACACCGGGGCUGGUGGUCGUCAUGGCAACGGAGGCAGGCCUUCGGAGGCCAGCCGCCCGGGCGGGGUAACUGCUUGCUGACCCGGCCCGCUCGCGCUGCCCCGCGUCUGCCCCGCGGCUGUCCCUGCCCCGCCCCCAGGCCGCGGUCGCCCCAGCCGGCGACUGACCCUCAGCAGCUCCUGUAGUCACGUGGCGCUGGGAACCCGGCGGGGGGGAGGUUGGGGACGGGCCUGGCAGUUGUGAACUCGAACCUGCUGCUGUCGCCGCGGCGGGGCAGGGAGCGGGCGGCGGAGGCCAUCCUUCUGGCUCCAUGGACGGACGCCGCGCCCCAGCACAGCCCGCCGGAGAGGUACCGCCCGGGCAGGGGCACAGGGGUGCCUCGGGCUCUUCGGGGGCAGCUUCACCUGUGGGGCGCGUGACCGUAAGGCUGGCCUCUCUGCAGUCAGAGGUCUGAGCUCUGCCAUGGGGGUAGGGGUGUCUUUACUGCUACAGUUUUCUCUGACACCUGGGGGCUACCGGAGUGUUGGCAGAAGCCGGCGCUGCAGCGGAAGAAGUAUCCUCAGGAACAUUCCCAGGAGGAGCUGGCAAAAGCCUCAUUCUCAGCUCCGCAGUCUCAAGGCAGAGGAAGAACCAAUCCUGGAACGACGCUGCAGGAGCCCCUUGGCCAUGGGCCCAGUCCAGCCCCGACUCCUCUCUGGGCCCUCCCAGGAGUCAUCCCAUGCUCUGGAGAAGGAGCCCGGUGGGCUGAGGCAGCAAGGCACUUCAGUGGCCCAACCAGGCAGCCAGGCCCCAGGCAGGGCUCAUCGCUGUGCACACUGUCGAAGGCACUUCCCAGGCUGGGUGGCCCUGUGGCUUCAUGCCCGCCGGUGCCAGGCCCGGCUGCCCCUACCCUGCCCUGAGUGUGGCCGUCGCUUCCGCCAUACCCCUUUCUUAGCAUUGCACCGCCAGGUCCAUGCUGCUGCCACCCGGGACCUGGGCUUUGCCUGCCAUCUCUGUGGGCAAAGCUUCCGAGGCUGGGUGGCCCUGGUUUUGCAUCUGCGGGCCCAUUCGGCUGCAAAGAGGCCGAUUGCUUGUCCCAAAUGCGAGAGACGCUUCUGGCGACAAAAGCAGCUUCGAGCUCAUCAGCGGCGGUGCCACCCCCCUGUCCCGGAGGCCCGACCCUUCAUAUGCGGCAACUGUGGCCGGAGCUUUGCCCAGUGGGACCAGCUAGUUGCUCACAAGCGGGUGCAUGUAGCAGAGGCCCUGGAGGAGGCAGCAACCAAAGCUCUGGGUCCCCGGCCCAGGGGCCGCCCCGCGGUGACCGCCCCUCGGCCUGGUGGAGACGCCGUUGACCGCCCUUUCCAGUGUGCCUGCUGUGGCAAGCGCUUCCGGCACAAGCCCAACUUGAUCGCUCACCGCCGCGUGCACACAGGGGAGCGGCCACACCAGUGCCCAGAAUGUGGGAAGCGCUUCACCAACAAGCCCUACCUGACCUCUCACAGGCGCAUCCACACCGGAGAGAAGCCCUACCCGUGCACGGAGUGUGGCCGCCGCUUCCGGCACAAACCCAACCUGCUGUCCCACAGCAAGAUCCACAAGCGAUCCGAGGGCUCUGUCCCUGCCGCCCCUGGCCCAGGCAGCCCCCAGCUUCCAGCCGGGCCUGAGCCCACCCCGGUGGCCCCGCUGAGACCAGUGAGGGAGCUGGUGCCACAGGAGCCCCCCCGGGAUUCUCCGCAGGACCAGGUCGAGGCCCCCGCGUCUCUCUACAGCUGCGACGACUGCGGGAGGAGCUUCCGGCUUGAGCGCUUCUUACGGGCCCACCAGCGGCAGCACACGGGUGAGCGGCCCUUUACCUGCGCUGAGUGUGGGAAGAACUUCGGCAAGAAGACGCACCUGGUGGCACACUCGCGGGUGCACUCAGGGGAGCGGCCCUUUGCCUGUGAGGAGUGUGGGCGCCGCUUCUCCCAGGGCAGCCAUCUGGCGGCGCACCGGCGCGACCAUGCGCCCGAGCGCCCCUUUGUCUGCCCCGACUGCGGCAAGGCUUUCCGCCACAAGCCCUACCUGGCUGCCCACCGGCGCAUCCACACUGGCGAGAAACCCUACGUCUGCCCUGACUGCGGCAAAGCCUUCAGCCAGAAGUCCAACCUGGUGUCUCACCGGCGCAUCCACACAGGCGAGCGGCCCUACGCCUGCCCUGACUGCGACCGUAGCUUCAGCCAGAAGUCCAACCUCAUCACGCACCGCAAGAGCCACAUCCGGGACGGCGCCUUCUGCUGUGCCAUCUGUGGCCAGACCUUCGACGACGAAGAGAAGCUCCUGACCCACCAGAAGAAGCAUGAUGUCUGAGGCGGGCAGGGCUUGGGUGUCUCUGGGGCCAGAGAGGUACCUGGUGCUGGAGUAGAGGAGACUGGAAUCCCAGCUGGGUCAGAAAGAGGCUGGGGAUGAGCUGUUCCCUUGAGCCAGUAAGGUCAACCCUGGGUGGCCAGGGAACCCACUUCAGAAUGCAAGGAUGCUGGCCUUGGAUUAGUGUCUGCUAGGGUUCCUGACUGUCCUGUGCCCUGGAAAAGUAGCAAUAGUAACGCCAUCUAUCCUGUAGAGCCCUCUGGCUAGAGGAGCCACCAGUGGAAGGGAAGAUCCUCCAUCCUCUGGUGUUAACGCCUUAAUGUCCUUAUGUUUUACUAUGAGUUACUUCAGAUCAUUUUUGGAAGUAGGUGUGGUGCAGUCCUUAGUAAAUGAACAUCUAGGGAGAAGUGGGGCCAGCUGAGUACAUCUUGGAGAACCUGCUGGGCCCGUCAGACGGCACCUAGGCCUUUCCAGCACCAAGAGGUGAAGCAGAGCUGCUCUCCCUCUGCUCCCACCCAUCCCUCCUGUCCGCACACAAGCACCAGACAGACUUGGAGACCCAUCUUCUGUUCAUCUUCUUUCUCCCCAGAGAUCAACCCCCCAAGGCAUUUCCUCUUUAGUCUGUCUUGCUUUAUCUACCAGUCCCCUGAUCCCUACUACAGUGCUUAGAGCUUCCCCUGGCUGGCUGUCAGCAACCCAGUGUUCAGGCUUUUGUUCCAACACCUCAACCCCUCCUUCCCUACUCAUACUGUGGAAAGGACUGUCCCAUUGGUGACAGAGGGUCAGCUGAAGGGAAGGUGCUGGUGAGUUUCCCUCCCAACAUUUCUAGCAUAUGGAUGCCCAGCCUCUGCUUGAGCACUUAGGUGAUGGGGAGUACCAUCACCUGAGGCCCUGGUACUAUUGUAGGAUGAUUCUAAUUGUUAGAAAUUCUUCCUUAUAAUAAAUGAAUUCUGCUUUCCUAUAAUUUCUGUCUGUUGGGCCUUGUGCUGUUCUGUGGAACUAAACAGAGCAACCAUUUACCCUCCUUUUCAAAAUAGAGAAUAAAGAUUUGGUUUCAGAA